AUGAGUGAUUCCUUCCCUUUUUCACCUUACGACCCCUCAUCGCAGUACCCAGAAAAUGAACCAGUUUUUGGCACGGCGACGCCUGGUUUCCCACAGCCUUCGUUUUCAUCACAAGUUCCGUCCGAAGUAACAUCCAUCCAGGCCGAAAUCUCUACAACUGUUGCCACUGUCGUUGCUCCAGAACAUUCUUUGAACAGCAAAGUUCCGAUCCCACGGUCAGUGAGUUCAACCGCGGUGCCGAAUCGAGGUCGAGUUAGUCGGGCGUGCGAAAAUUGUCGUGAUCAAAAAGUGAAAUGCAGCGGGCAACGCCCAACUUGCCAACGAUGUCAGGAAUCAGGGGUUCAAUGCUCAUACGGUGAUCGAAAACGGGAGAAAUUAGCUAGGCGACUGAGUGACCUUACGGCGCGGGUUGAAUCAUUCGAAACUCUGCUGCAAAACAUUUAUCCAAAUCUGGAUUCCCUAUCCACCCAGUACGUGGAACAGAUUUUGAACGAUCAAUACGACAACGAUCAACCGCCGAGUCAUUUACCUUCGGAUCUCCCGUCUCCUCUGUUUACCACCGAUUCAGGGUCCCCAAUAGGCGCAAUCGACUUCACAAAUGAAGACUUCAACCGCGAUGAGAAGAUACAGGCUAUGGGAUUUGUUGGCGAACAUUCGGAGAUUGCGUGGAUGUAUAGACUGAAAAAGAUCCUCCACCGUGUUCACCAAGGUCAAUUGGGCAAGAGUCUUGAUCGCGACUAUGUCACUACUGCGAAUUACUUCAUCGACGACACUGAAGUAACUGUCUUGGACGACGUUGACCUGUCUCAGCGGCCGCUUCCUGCGGUUGCAGAUCGAUUAAUUGAAAGCUAUUUUCACACCGUGCACCCUUGUUUUCCAAUUGUCAACAAGGUUACAUUCCUAGGCCAAUACAAGUCUUUCUAUUCCGCUCCUUCUGUCCGACCUGGAAAGCGAUGGUUAGCAAUUCUUAAUCUGAUAUUCGCCAUUGCUACGAAGUACGGUAAUGGUUCAUUGGGGGACCCUGAGACCGACGCAGAUCACCAUACAAUAUAUUUUUCUCGGGCGUGGAAGCUCAGCAUGGGUGAUGUUGCGUUGUUGGACCAUCCGAAUCUUCAACAAGUACAGGUUGAAGGUCUUAGCGCUUUCUAUCUUAUGGCAGUGGGCCAGGCUAACAGAUCCUGGAGGCUUUCAGGUAUCUCGAUUGAGUCGGCCGUUACGAUGGGGUUGAAUCUUCGCAACGAGAGCAGCAUUAUAUCAUACAGUUCGAGAGAGACUCGCUACAGGGUCUGGUGGUCUGUGUACGUACUGCAUGUAUUGCUAUGUGUGAUGACUGGGCGUCUUCCUAGCAGCACAGAAGAUUCCUGUACAACCCCUCUUCCGGUACCAUUCACCGAAAAGGAUUUUUCGCGGGGUGAGAUUGAGAAGCUGAUUGAAGACCAUGAGGCACGCACGAUUUUUAUUCGGAACCUGGUCUCUCGUUCCUCCGCACAGUCAGCAGAAAGUGCCUUGAUACCGGAAACUGCCAUGCGUCCUUCUCCGGGCCCUGAUAAGCACAGCGACCGAAUAGCUUCUUCCGCUGUCCAAAUCCUUACAUCCACAACGCCGAACAUUUCUCUACAUUUUCUCUAUCUCGUUGAACUGGGGUUACUCAUGCGACGGUCCAUCGACGCGUUAUAUGCCCCUAGGGCAGGGCGAAAGUCGUGGCGCUCUAUUGAAAUGGUCAUCUCGGCGUUGAACAGUAGGGCGGAUAGUUGGCUCUCCAAACUCCCAGCUGAACUACAUUUUACGCAAGGAUCACCGGCUUGCGAAAGGGAAAGACUCAGUCUUGCGUUUUCCUUCUAUAGCACCAAGAUACUCAUCACUCAACCCUGUCUUAGCCGCAUCCUUCAGCAGGCUUCCUGGGAUAGUCAAAUUGAGGGUUUUUGUGCCACAAUGGCUUCAAUGUGCAUCGACAUGGCUUGCCAGAUGUUGGAGUUACUGCCCAAUUCUCCAGACCUCGGGUGGAUUUAUCGUUUGUCGCCUUGGUGGUGUAUCGUGCAUUAUCUCAUGCAGGGCGCCACCGUCCUCUUGAUCAGUCUCUUCAUCGAAGAGAAAUCAAACACGACUCAACAUCCGAGAACUAUUAGCAAUGUUUCCAAGGUGGCUGCCUGGCUUUCUUCGUUGGCCACGAAGGAUCCAUCAGCGCAACGAGCUUGGACAGCGUUUCAAGACCUGCUAUCACACCGCGAAAUCGAGAUUGCGAUGGAGCCCCAAAACUAA